ACAGCGUCACUAUUGCUUGAUCUCCAACAGUCCAACUGUGUGGCAUUGUGGCUCAUGCAAGAUUCAACGAAACUGCAACUCUCCUCUAAUCCCAGUGGACAUAUACAAAUGGACAACGCUGAGUUUUCCUCUCCAAGACUUUUUUUCACCUAAUGUUUGCACUUUUUUCUUGGAUUCAUGAAAGUGUUGCAACUCCAUGACCUAAUAUUGUUUCAGCUUUGUGGACAGUUUGGAUACAUCUUUUUAGAGAACAUGUCGUUGCCUUCAGUAGACGAACCUCAUCUUUGGAAAGAUGGAAAGCCACUGCUGAAGUUUGAGCAUCGCCAAACAAGACUCUGAAGGCGUGAAAUGUAAGCAAAAAAGCAAUGCACAGACUAGAAUAGAACUAUGUUUUACUGAGGAAAACUCCUACAGAAAAACAUCGUUUUUUUUUUAUUUUUAGCACAUUUAUGAUGCUUGUAAGAAGUGUAGAUUUUUUAGCUUUGUUAACUUUGACGUGAGAAAACACAUCUUCCGCUUCUUGUGACUGAGUUGAGCCAGUGAAUAAUGGAUGGCAACCUAAGCACAGUAGCAUCCUAUGUGACCAACAGCACAGGACCCUACCACCAUGCAGCAGGACCCUGGAGUCUCAUCAUUCUGGUCAUCAUCAUACUGACCAUAGUUCUGGGAAACUUGCUUGUCAUCAUAGCUGUGGCUCGCACUUCACAGCUACAGACGACGACAAACGUCUUCAUCAUGUCUCUAGCGUGUGCGGACCUCAUCAUGGGGGUCCUCGUGGUGCCUCUGGGGACCACUAUUGUGGUGACAGGAAAAUGGCAGUUGAGUGACACGUUCUGUGAGUUCUGGACUUCUGUGGAUGUUCUGUGUGUGACAGCGAGCAUUGAGACGCUGUGUGUCAUAGCAGUGGAUCGGUAUAUAGCCAUCACCAGGCCGCUGCGACACCAGGUUUUACUCAAUAAGUGGCGUGCCAGGGUAAUAGUUUGUUUGGUGUGGGUAGUGUCCGCCUUAAUUUCCUUUGUACCAAUUAUGAAAGGGUACUGGCGUGCAGACGGAGACCCUGAAGCGGAGGAGUGCUACAAUGACCCUGCAUGCUGUGACUUUGUGACCACCAGGGCCUUUGCCAUUAUAUCUUCUAUAGUGUCUUUUUACAUUCCGCUGCUCAUAAUGAUAUUUGUGUAUGCAAAAGUCUUUCUAAUAGCGAAUCGGCAGGUACAGCUUAUAGAUAAAAGUCGCAUGCGUUUCCAGAAUGAGUGUGCACCACAGAUGCCAGUUGGCCCCCACAUCAAUGAUAUCCUGCCCUCGGCAUGUGUGGGCUCCAGCAACAAUGCAAUGCGGAGGAAGAGUGCCAAGCGAAGACCGUCACGGCUGAUGCUUGUCAAAGAGCAAAAGGCCCUCAAGACUUUGGGUAUCAUCAUGGGGACCUUCACUGUGUGCUGGCUGCCGUUCUUUGUCGCCAACAUCAUCAACGCUUUUAACAGAGAUGUUCCAUCAAAAAAGAUCUUCCGACUGUUAAACUGGCUGGGUUAUAUCAACUCUGGUCUCAAUCCUAUUAUCUACUGCCGGAGUCCAGAGUUUCGUACUGCUUUCAAGAACUUGCUGGGUUGCCCAUGGGUGUCCACCCUACAGCUCAAUACUUUCUAUAAAGAGCUGCGGACUCGCUGCUCCUGUUUUCUGUGGCAGGCUGAGUCAGGCACGGCAGGCUCUUUCCAAAAAACUCCGACUGGCAGAACGGAGGGGAACGACAGCCUGACCAGCACUCAGGGAAGCAGCAGAAGUGAGGAGGCUUCCCCUGGUCGUAUCCAGUCCAACGGCAGCACACAGUUCAGUGACUUCUCAGAGCCAGAAACUGAAUUCUUCACAUUGCAGGAGAAAGAUGGAUGAGAACUGUGAAAUGUCGAGCUACUGAAGGAAACUUUGUUCUUCAGCCGUUACUGUGAAUCCUGCAAAAGGCUGAGACCAAGCAACAGUGAGGACAACCUAAAGAAGAGUUCAACCAUCGGCCCUGAUAAACUCCAAUGAGUGAGAUGACUGGACUAACCUCUCCGUGGACAGCAGAUGGACUACUGCAACUCACUGAUAUUAGGUGACACUAACGUUGAACCUCCCAGUGUCAUCUACAUACUGUUUGCAAUAGACUUUCUGUUCCUGAAUGAGAAAAUAUUUAACUGCAAGUUUUAAAUACAUUCCAGUAAAGCUUUGGACACAGUUGAUGUGACCUGUGGUUUCAAAAGGACAAACAAAAAACAGAUUUUGUACAGUAUAUUAUCUAGUAAGUUAUCUAUUUAUGAUACACUGAAUCUGUAGCGUAAUACAAAAAGUUGUCUAACUUAAUACAAGGUCAUAAUUCUGGCAAGACUGUUUUCACAAUCCAGUUAAAAAAAAACCUUCAUUUUCAUUGCACAAACUCUUCAGUGUAAUGUCAAUUCAACCAAAGGGCUGUGCAUUCAAAUAUUCAAUUCUGGUGUCUGUUUUCAGUCUUGAUGUUUCUAUUUGGAGCCUGGACUCUGUAUCCGCACAAUAAGUUAUCAUGCUUACAUCCUGUAGUCUAUGUUAAGUCAUACCAUGGCUAUGGAAAAUGUUCAUUUCUGAUUGGCUGAAUGUUAAAAUCUUAUGUGAAAGAUAAUUACGGUCAAUAGUUUAACAAUUGUUAAGUCAUUGUGCAAGGUACAGUAUUAUAAACUGCAGGUAACCAUGGCAAAAAUACAUCUGCUACAGCUACGUUGCCAGUAAACUCCCUUCCAUUUUUUCCUUUGGUAAGUGGCCAUGUUAUAAGCUCUAUAACGCACUCUGAAGUGUUCUGAUAUAGAAAAUAAUGCACUUGAUGGAGGAAAUACUAGUGUACUUUGCCUCCACCUCAUCCAUUAUUUGUUGUAUCGGCACAUCUUGUCAUGCGUUAUGACUUUCGUAUCAUCAUGUGUUGCA